AUGAGCGGCUUAAGUUUGCUAAAAAAAACCGUUCCUAGGAAUGUGUGCUUAUUAAAACAGAUUCGACCUCUGCAUGUGUCGUCAGCCCGGACCAAGUCGGUAGCUCCAAGAGAAUCUCUGAACUCCGACUAUGUAUUAGAUUUAAACUAUGAUUUCCACUAUCGUGACCAAAUACCAUUUACCGCAAAAGAUAAGAGGAAUAACACUAUUGCCGACGUUUCAAUGGGAAUAGUUUUGGCAUUUGUUUUGUAUAAAUGUUACUCUGAACCUGAGCAUUUGCUUGGAGAUUUUCCAUAUCCUGAUUCCUCAGAAUGGACUGAUGAAGAAUUGGGAGUACCACCAGUUGAAUAA